UGAUGCUAAGAAUUCACACAUAAAUCACCCGAAAACAUUUCCUUGCAAUUACUGUUUUCACGGACGAGCAUCAGGAGUAUGGCCCAUGCAAGGAAAGAACAAAUUAAGCUGGCUGAAGCACUCCAAAAAACUACACAGUACAAAAAACAUGAAGUGGAAUGUCUGCUACGAAUGUUCAAAGCUCUCACACAUGAUGCACUCAAAAUGGACCGAAAUCUGUUUCGAGAUGUGCUUCACAACCAGUUCAAGAUGACAGAUGAUAUUCUGAUGGACAGAGUUUUUAAGGCCUUUGACAAAGAUAAUGACAGUUACAUCAACCAGUCAGAAUGGGUGUCUGGCUUGUCUUGUAUAAUGAGGGGAAAUAUGGAGGAGAAAAUGAAAUAUUGUUUUGAUGUGUAUGACCUGAAUGGAGAUGGGUACAUCUCAAGAGAAGAGAUGUUCCACAUGCUGAAAAACUCUCUGAUCAAGCAACCAUCUGAGGAAGACCCAGAUGAGGGGGUCAAAGAUUUGGUGGAAAUAACAUUGAAAAAGAUGGACAAAGACCAUGACACUAGGCUGUCCCCCCAGGAUUUCCAACAGGCAGUAGAGGAAGAACCUCUUCUCCUGGAGGCAUUUGGGGCCUGUUUACCGUCAUACGAGGUGGUUACGUCAUUCAAUACACUCGUCUCUGAGGAUUCCGACAUCAACAUUCAGCUUUUCCAACAACAACAGGCACAAAAUCAGAACAGACAACAGGCUGUGUGAUCCAGUAUUCAGUCAGAUAAAAUUAUUAAAGUAACUUUGGGGAAUCUAAGUAAUGAUCAGUCAAGAGUUUGUGCUCACUUGAUAUUGGCUGUGUCACUCUUUCAAAUCUUUGAUGUGGCUUAGGUGUAAAUGUCACAACAUAAAGGAUUUCAUUUUCACUGGUUUGCAAGUAAAAAGUUGAAGGUCAGUGAGAAACAUAAUGUGGUUGAAGGUUUUAAAUCUGUGAAUAAAAAAAAAUGUACCGCUCAUCUCUGUGAUAAUUGAGUAUGGGACCUGUAAAAUGGAGGAAAAUGGAGAAUUUAUUUUUUGCUUCCUUUCUUUAGGCAAUAGUUUCUUUUCUUGUUUGUAAACUGUCAAAUACAUGCUCCCAGUAUUUGCAAUUUUAAAACUUAUGUUUAGAUAGAAUUGGUUUUAUUGUGACACAUUCACAUAUUGCUACAAUGGACUUUAAAAGAGGUCUACUUUAGUAAGACAUUUUGCGAAGAGAAAUCCAUCAAAACCUUCAAAAGUUAAGUUUAGGUUAACUUCAAGUUUGGACAUUUUGAGCAUAAAGUAUGGGAUGAGUUUUGUUAACAGUGUAAAUAAUUUAAUGGAACAUUCCGUUGUUUAUUAUGUUUCCGUCCAUGCACAAAACCACCUAUACCUUGAUCUUUCACAAAAAAACUUUUUCAUUGUAAAGUUAAUGCUACUGUUUUUGUACAUCUAUUGCUCUUAUAUGUACACCUGUCAGAUACACUGCAGAUGUGUCUACUGUACUGAUGUCUAACCAGUAUGCACAACAUUACACAAUGUUUUUACAAUUGAAGUACACUGAAUAAAUAAUGUAGAUACAUGUAUCAAACAUCUGUAUCAGUUUGUCUUCAAUUACUAUUAAAAACAAAAAAGCCUUAGGUUAAUUUAAUAUGGACUUCAGUGUGAGAAAAUCUGCUGUCUGGAUUUUCCUUUUGAGGGGGUUGGGUGUCUUUGUUUUCACACUCUUUUUACUUAUUAAUUGUUCAUUUACUAGUAUUUGAUUGUUGUUUAACACUAUACAAGAAUAUUUCACUUACACAAAUGCACUUAUGCCAUGCCAGUGACCUACAUGUAUGUCAUGUCAGUGACCUACAUGUAUGCCAUGUCAGUGACCUACAUGUAUG